GAGUAGAUGAGAGAUGUAAUGUUUGUCUCGGUUGUGUUGAAGCCCAAUCAAGCAGGAGAGACCAGCUUCCCCUGUUCCCAGCUGUGUGUCCAUGAAGAGUGACCGGUCUAUGGAACCUCCUAUAUUGUUUAGAGAGGGAGACUUUUCUACUGAACAAAGAAACCAACAGGGGAGAUCAGAGUCAGAGAUUCUCAGUGGUCAGUCUUCCCAGAGUCAUCAAACAGACCUGGACUCCAUAUUCAGUAUGCUUGAAGAGAAAAUUAUGACAUUUGUGAAGAACGAGCUGAAGAUGUUCAAGAGGAUUCUAAGUCCAGAACUCCCAGAAGGCUUUGAGGGUCAGAAGCAGGAUAAGGAAGUGGUGGAUACUGAAGAUGAGAAGCAGGAGAGCAGUGCCAGAGAGGGGGCUCUGAAGAUCACACUGCACAUCCUGAGGAAAAUGAACCAGAAGGAGCUUGCUGACACACUGGAGAAAUAUGAGCUUGCUGUGAUUUGCCAACGUGAACUCAAAUCUCAUCUAAAGAAGAAGUUUCAAUGUGUAUUUGAGGGGAUCGCUAAACAAGGAAACCCAACACUUCUCAAUAAGAUCUACACAGAGCUCUACAUCACAGAGGGUGGAACAGGAGAGGUCAAUAAUGAACAUGAGCUGAGACAGAUUGAGACAACAACCAGGAAACAAGCAAGACCAGAGACUGCAAUCAAAUGUAACGACAUCUUCAAACCCUUAACUGGACAAGACAAACUUAUCAGAACUGUGCUGACAAAGGGAGUCGCUGGCAUUGGAAAAACAGUCUCUGUGCAGAAGUUCAUUCUGGACUGGGCUGAAGGAAAAGCAAAUCAGGAUGUCCAAUUUGUAUUUUCAUUCCCUUUUCGGGAACUGAAUUUUAUGAAAGAGGACAAACACACUUUCAUUGAACUUCUUAAUCACUUCUCAAUGGAAACCAAAGUUUCAAGAAUCCCCAACUACAACAAGUACAAAGUUCUGUUCAUCUUUGAUGGUCUGGAUGAGUGCCGACUGCCCCUAGACUUCCAGAAGAACAAGAGCUGUUGUGACGUCUCAGAGUCAACCUCAGUGGAUGUUCUGCUGACAAAUCUCAUCAAGGGAAAUCUGCUUCCCUCUGCUCUCCUCUGGAUAACUACCCGACCUGCAGCAGCCAAUAAGAUCCCUUCAGGGUGUGUUGACCAGGUGACAGAGGUACGAGGUUUCAAUGACCCACAGAAGGAGGAGUACUUCAGGAAGAGAUUCAGUGAUGAGGACAUGGCCAGCAGAAUCAUCUCACACAUAAAGACAUCAAGGAGCCUCCACAUCAUGUGCCACAUUCCAGUCUUCUGUUGGAUUUCUGCAACAGUCCUUGAACAGAUGCUGAAACAUAAGAGAGAAGAGAUGCCCAAGACUCUGACUGAGAUGUACACACACCUUGUGGUGUUUCAUACCAAACAGAAGAAUGAAAAGUAUCUUGGGAAAGAAGAGACAGGUCCACACUGGAAUAAAGAGAGCAUUCUGUCACUGGGAAAACUGGCUUUUCAACAGCUUGUGAAAGGCAAUCAGAUUUUCUAUGAAAAAGACCUGAAAGAGGCUGGCAUUGAUGUCAAUGAAGCCUCAGUGUACUCAGGAUUGUGCACACAGCUCUUUAAAGAGGAAUGUGUGCUGUACCAGGACAAGGUGUACUGCUUCGUACAUCUGAGCAUUCAGGAGUUUCUGGCUGCUGUAUAUGUGUUCCUCUCAUUCAUCAACAACAAUGUGAAUCUAAUGGCCAAAGCUCAAUCAACGUCCGGGAAUCUUUCUUCGCUGUUCAGAGACAAGCCUAAAUUUACAGUCUUCAAGAGUGCUGUGGAUAAAGCCUUACAAAGUGAGACGGGAAACCUGGACCUUUUCCUCCGCUUCCUUCUGGGCCUCUCACUGGAGUCCAAUCAGAAGCACUUACGAGGUCUACUGACAAAGACAAGAAGCAGCUUACAGAGCCAUGAACAAACAGUCAAGUACAUCAAGAAGAAGAUCAGGGAGAAUCCCUCUCCAGAGAGGAGCAUCAAUCUGUUCCACUGUCUGAAUGAACUGAAUGACCAUUCUCUAGUGGAGGAGAUCCAAAGAUACCUGAGAUCAGGAAGUCUCUCAGAACACAAACUGUCACCUGCACAGUGGUCAGCUCUGGUCUUUGUGUUGCUGACUUCAGAAAAGGAGCUGGAUGUGUUUGACCUGAAGAAAUACUCCAGAUCAGAGGAAGGUCUUCUGAGGCUUCUGCCAGUGGUCAAAGCCUCCAGAGCUGUUCUGCUGUCAGACUGUGGAGUCACAGAGGAAGGCUGUGCUUCUCUGGUCUCAGCUCUGAGGUCAAACCCCUCACACCUGAGAGAGCUGGAUCUGAGUAACAAUGACCUGAAGGAUUCAGGAGUGAAGCUGCUCUCUGAUGGACUGGGGAAUCCCCACUGUAAACUGGAGACUCUGAGGCUGUCAGGCUGUCUAGUCACAGAGGAAGGCUGUGCUUCUCUGGUCUCAGCUCUGAGGUCAAACCCCUCACACCUGAGAGAGCUGGACCUGAGCUACAAUCACCCAGGAGACUCAGGAGUCAGACUGCUCUCUGCUGGACUGGAGGAUCCACACUGCAGACUGGAGAAACUCAACGUGGAACAUGGUGGAGAGAACAGAAUGAAAUCUGGACUUAGAAAAUAUGUCUGUGAUCUCACACUGGACCUAAACACAGUAAACAGACGCCUCUCUCUGUCUGAGGAGAACCGAAAGGUGACAUGUAGGACAGAGGAGCAGCCGUAUCCUGAUCACCCAGAGAGAUUUGAGGACUGUGGACAGGUGCUGUGUAGAGAGGGUCUGACUGGGCGCUGUUACUGGGAGGUAGAGUGGAGUGGAAGAGGGGCUGAUAUAGGAGUGACAUAUAAAGGAAUCAGCAGGAGAGGAGGGGUUAAGGAAUGUUGGCUUGGAUACAAUGACAAGUCCUGGAGCCUGUACUGCUGUGACAACCGUUACAUUGCCUGUCACAAUAAUAAUCACACUACCAUAGACGUCCACUCCUCCAGCUCCCACAGAGUAGGAGUGUAUCUGGACUGGCCAGCCGGCACUCUGUCCUUCUACAGAGUCUCCUCUUACACACUGACCCACCUGAUCACAUUCACCUCCACAUUCACUGAGCCCCUCUAUCCAGGGUUUAGGAUUUAUGAUGAUUCCUUUGGGAUUUGGGACUCCUCAGUGUCUCUGUGCCAGUGAUACACACAUACUAUCUCACUCACACACAGACACACACACACUGGACGGACACACACACUGGACGGACACACACACACACACACACACACACACACACACACACACACACACACACACACACACACACACACACACACACACACACACACACACACACACACACACACACAUUGGACACACACACAUAUUGGACACACACACACAUUAGACACACGCUCUAGUGCACACACACACACACACUGGACACACACAGACACACACUGACACUCACACACACACACAUAGUGGACACACACACACUGGACACACACUCAGACUGGACACACACACACACACACACACACACACACACAUAUUGGCAUUUUCAAAAAACAUAUGCCAUUCAGGGCACCAGUCUAGGACCAGUGGUUGAUUGGCAGUUUCUGGACCACAGGUUCUAGAACAGCUUCUAUCCCAGUUCUAUCUGCCUGUUAAAUCAGUUUCUGGACCACAGGUUCUAGAACAGCUUCUAUCCCAGUUCUAUCUGCCUGUUAAAUCAGUUUCUGGAUCACAGGUUCUAGAACAGCUUCUAUCCCAGUUCUAUCUGCCUGUUAAAUCAGUUUCUGGACUACAGGUUCUAGAACAGCUUCUAUCCCAGUUCUAUCUGCCUGUUAAAUUAGUUUCUGGACCACAGGUUCUAGAACAGCUUCUAUCCCAGUUCUAUCUGCCUGUUAAAUCAGUUUCUGGAUCACAUGUUCUAGAACAGCUUCUAUCCCAGUUCUAUCUGCCUGUUAAAUCAGUUUCUGGACUACAGGUUCUAGAACAGCUUCUAUCCCAGUUCUAUCUGCCUGUUAAAUCAGUUUCUGGACCACAGGUUCUAGAACAGCUUCUAUCCUAGUUCUAUCUGCCUGUUAAAUCAGUUUCUGGACUACAGGUUCUAGAACAGCUUCUAUCCCAGUUCUAUCUGCCUGUUAAAUCAGUUUCUGGAUCACAGGUUCUAGAACAGCUUCUAUCCCAGUUCUAUCUGCCUGUUAAAUCAUCAAUCUAAACUGUUUCCAUCAGACUAUUAGAACAUGACUGAACCUUUUGGUUCCUUUUCUGAUCUUUUACCACUUUGCAUUUGGAUGGAUGUUGGCGUCUGACAAGAGGUGAAAAUAUGUCAGGAAUAUUCUGCAAAUGUUGAUGAAGACGUCACUCAAUACACCCAAAACAACAUGCAGUCUUUCCACAAGACUCCCAUGAAGUUAUAGUGUGACGUUAUGAGUUGACGUUAAAGUAACAUUCUCAGAACAUACUGCACUUGUUUUAUACUGCUUUAGAUGGAUCCUCUGUUUAUCAUCUUGUUUUAUACUGUUUUAGAUGGAUCCUCUGUUUAUCAUCUUGUUUUAUACUGUUUUAGAUGGAUCCUCUGUUUAUCAUUGUCAUGACGUUGGCCUGGGGGGUAGGUUUAUGACAGUCAUAAAUACCUCUUCCACCUUUUUCCUCUCUCUAUCCUACUGAUGUUACAUUUGCACAACCCUUGGUUAACAUAGAGAUUCUGGGAACAUCAGUAGGUGGGGGGGGGGGAUGAACUAUAUUCUGGUAAUCCGACCAAUUGAACAUAUGCGGUGGUACUUAAUGAAUAUGAUGUCAGUUCGGUUGUCAUCUGAGACAUUCCCAUCAAUGAUAAGAUGACAUAAACUCUACAGUGGAAAGUCUACACAUCAGAGUUAUCGGAUUCACAUGGAAUUAUUGUUCAAUUUAAAUGUUUGAAUAUGAAAUUAUUCGUGAUGGGAUGAAAUGUUAGUUUCUAAAAUGUGAGAUUUGGGUUUUCAUAAGGUUAGGGCUCUGCUCAAUCAGCCCCUGUGAAGGGACAUGGGCUAGAAAACUUUUCAAACACGCCCUCCUCUCCCUUCCUAUAUAAGCCCUUGACGACAAUAUAACCUCCUGUUCCGAGGACGUGAGGACGACGGUCUGAUGUCAGAAUGGUUCAGAUAAUAACUACAGAACGAAGCCAACAUCAACGUGAGCUUUGGUUGCGAAUGGUAUGAAGUUUGAACUCUUAUUCACUACAGAGGUGAUACCUCCUAGCCGUUGAGUUAGCAACAGCAGAUGCAAACGCAGGCUAGAAAGGAACAGAGAGAGUAUCCCGUCUAUCACACAAUGACAUUACUACAACAUACCCAAUUUACCAGCAGAGAGAUUCUUCAAAGGACUCGGUUGGGCAACACGGCCUUCCAUCUACCACCAACCUACCGAAGCGCAGCUCAGAGUAAAUAUUUAUUGCAUUUUCCUUUUCCAAAUGGGCGGUACUUUAGAAUGCAUAAGAUAAUGUAUUUACGAUAGCACAGCUUCGGCCUUUGUUCCUCAGUCUUCCCGCUCUUUCACUCAAACCCAACCCCUUUUCAAGCUGUCAUAUCUGUUCCGCCCGCUAGGGACGUUUUCCUUUAUGACGUAAUUUGUAAUCAAGUUAUGAUUUAAUUAUGUGUAUGUGUAAUUCUGUGUGAUUAGUUAGGUAUUGAGUAAAUGUUAAGGGAAUUUGUAUCAAUGAUGACUAAUUAUGUAUACAUUUCAAUCAGGACGUACUAAUCCGAAUAGUAAUAUGUUACUGUAUAUGUACUAAUCAGAAUACUAUUCUGUAUGUGUAUGAGUUUUCUUUCUUGAUCCCAGUAAUGAAUAUAAUGUGUGGGAAUGUGGUCAAGAGUUUAGUACAAUGACUGUCUGUUCCUUGGUACAAAUGAAUCAGACUGGCUAGAAUGCUUAUCUACACAAGAAAACCUUGACUCGUAAAUUAUAUUAAAUUGGUUGGGAGACGGAUGUGGGAAGACUUGAGAUACAGCCUUUGUAGUGGAACGGAGGUGGCACGGGUUGGUGUUGAACUAAUGACGUCAUUUCUAGUUUAUAACCUGUGGUAACCUGUAUUGUGGCAGUACUCUCUUGAAUAAACUCUGCUGUCUGACUUGAA